CCUUAAUGGGCACAUCUGUGUUUUCUUUCCAGCAGGAAAGUUUAUAUGGACUAUAAUGCAACCACCCCCCUUGAGCCAGAAGUCAUCCAGGCCAUGACCGAGGCCAUGAGGGAAGCCUGGGGAAAUCCCAGCAGUCCUUACCCAGCAGCGUGAUCUUAAGCAAAUUAUUUCAUCCCUUCACCCUCCUGUCUUGAUGAAUGGGGAGCAAGGCAGAUGGCCACAGCUUCCCCUCUCCUGUAGCAUCCGGUAGGAAAGCCAAGGACAUUAUUGACACAGCUCGGGAGAACAUUGCGAAGAUGAUAGGUGGGAAACCUCAGGAUAUAAUCUUCACUUCUGGAGGCACCGAGUCCAACAACUUAGUGAUCCACUCGGUGGUGAAACAUUUCCAUCUAACACAUGCAUCAGAGGGGACCCGGGCCGAGCCGAGCGGCCCCCUGGCGGGGGCCGUACCCCACCUUAUCACCUGCACCGUGGAACACGACUCCAUCCGCCUGCCCCUGGAGCACCUGCUGGAGGAGCAAGUGGCUGUAGCAAAGACAUGGAAGCAACCCAAGUGCCCACUGAUAGAUGGAAGAAAACAGGCGGUCACCUUUGUGCCAGUGUCCAAGGUGAAUGGGCAGGUGGAAGUCGAGGACAUCCUGGCAGCUGUCCGCCCAGCCACCUGCCUUGUGACUAUUAUGCUGGCCAAUAACGAGACUGGCGUCAUCAUGCCCAUCUCUGAAAUCAGUCAGCGAAUUAAAGCCCUGAACCAGAAGCGUGCUGCUUCUGGGCUGCCGGUCAUUCUGCUGCACACAGACGCUGCGCAGGCCCUGGGGAAACAGCGCGUGGAUGUGGAGGACCUGGGCGUGGACUUGCUGACCAUCGUGGGGCACAAGUUCUAUGGUCCCAGGAUUGGAGCACUUUACAUCCGAGGGCUUGGUGAACUUACUCCUCUGUACCCUAUGCUGUUUGGAGGUGGACAAGAACGGAAUUUCAGGCCAGGACAGGAUUCUGUCCUGGGGCAUCCGUUACUUGCUUUGCAUGGAAAUAGGAUUGAAUCCCUUGUGUCUUACAGGACGGAGAACACCCCGAUGAUUGCUGGCCUUGGAAAGGCCGCUGAGCUGGUGACCAAGAACUGCGAGGCUUACGAGGCCCACAUGAGAGAUGUUCGUGACUACCUGGAGGAGCGGCUGGAGGCUGAAUUUGAUAAGCAGAGAAUCCAUCUGAACAGCCGAUUUCCAGGGACCGAGCGACUCCCCAACACGUGCAACUUUUCCAUCCGGGGACCCCAGCUCCAAGGCCGCCUGGUGCUAGCGCAGUGCAGGACGCUGCUGGCCAGUGUGGGGGCCGCGUGCCACUCGGACCAUGCAGAUCGGCCAUCCCCGGUGCUGCUGAGCUGUGGCAUCCCCUUCGACGUGGCCCGGAACGCACUCCGGCUCAGCGUGGGCCGCAGCACCACCAGGGCCGACGUGGACGUCGUCGUGCGGGACCUGAAGCAGGCCGUGGCGCGGCUGGAGGGCCAGGCCUAGCGCCAAGGGCGCCUCACGGAAGGCCUUCCGAGGGCUGCGCCAGGAUGGCUCUCUUCUUGAGUUGCCCGAGUCUCAGUUUUGUACCCGCAAGUGCUUAGAGGGCCGGGUGGGGGGCGGUCACCGCUGCCCGUGGCGCAGGUUGGAGUGCCGAGUCAGUGUCCCCCCGGGAAGUGGGGUGACCUGCUGUGUGUGCCACCCUCCCGGAAGGUGGCGUUUUUAUCCUGAAGACAAAAUGCUACUGUUGACAAAUGACUGUCAGCUGCUGCCAUGGAAAUAGGAAACCUGACUUUGCUGCCACCGUGGCCCCCCGCCUGCCCGUGUGCUGCGUGCUCUUGCUCCCCGCCCUUCUCAAGCCCUUCCUCGGCCGGGGGCCACUGAGGUCACGAGGUCAGGCCCCCGCUCCCUGCUCCGCGCCCCCCUCCCAGGGCCGUCCUCGCUCAGCCUGCCCCGGCCACCUAGAGCCACCAGGCCCCGCCCGCCUUUUCCUUUUGGUCAGACUCAGGGCUCCGGCUCGGCCGUGGAGUCACGGGCGGCUGGGCGUAGGGGACACCGGGUCGUCCCUGCGGCAGGAGAUCACCUCACCCCUGACCCCGCUGGCGUCACGAUGUCCACAGACGGAUUCCCCCGUCUUCACGAGUGCUCUGUGGCGUUCUGAUCCACCUCGGAUGGAGACACGUACCAUAGGAAUGAUUUCUUAACUGCCGAACAUUUUUCAUGUGUGGUUUUAAGUGCAAAGAACUACAUGGUGAUGUUGAGGAAAUGAUCGUCAGAAAUGAAAUGAACUAAUAAAAUAUUCCAGGGCUGGUCUUAGA